UCCUCCUGCUCCCUGCGGCCGCUACCACCUUCAAGCCACGAACCGACGCCUACUCCCCCUCUCCGGCAUACUUUUUCAUACGCACGCCGCCAGCGCUGCUGGUUUACGCCACCGAUCUCCUUCAUGGCUUCUGUUGGGCUACCAUCCGAUCGAACGACUGUGGAGUUGCUGCAGAAUUUAACAUUGGAUUCAGAUAACCAAAAGGCUCUACAAGUUCAGGAGCCCACUAGGAAGACAUUUUCUGCCAAUUAUGCUCCUGCUGGUUCUGGUGCUAUAACAAAUGGUCAGAGCAACCCUCUCGAGAGAUCGGCAUUUCCAUUCCAUUGGGAUUCCACAGUUCCUAGCACGUCCUACAACCCGAAUGGGCACCCAUCAUCAACAUAUUACUAUGAAGAUUAUGAUGUUUCGACAAUCAAUGAGUGUGAUAGAUAUGGAAUUCCUGAUGUUGCUGAAAUGCCUCAUACAAUGUAUGGCGACUAUCAUCAUGGUUAUGGUUAUGUACCAUAUGGAACAUAUUCUCCAUCCGGCUCAAAUACUGGACGCGAUAGCCAACAACAAUAUGCCCCUCAACAAUACCAAUAUCCAACUACUCAUGUUCAGCCUUCUUCAACUAAUAACGGAACUCACUCAUGGAACAUGCCAAAUGAAGUCCAAUCAGAUGUCACAACUUCUAUUAUUUCUUCCCAAAUUCUAUUGCCUGGGGAAACUAUAGGAAAUCAAAGUCAUAAUUUCAGUGACAUGAUUCAUCGACCUAACAUCUCAAAGCCAAUUAGACCUAGUUAUCAGGGUGCUUCACUGAAAUCACCAGAUACCUAUGAAUGGGGAAAUGUUUCAGCAGCACACCAUUGGACGUCUUCACCUGGUACACGGAGUAGCAAUUUCCAUUCAGGAACAAGCCAAACUAUGCAACACCCUCCACAUCGCAUGGGCUUGAAACAUCAAAUGGGGGCAUCUGGACUAGGUGUUGGGUACUUGAAUCGGAUGUACUCAAAUAGUAGUGUGCAUGGCCAACGUGGAAACACAUUUAGAAGAGAUUUGGGUUUCAGAUCAGGAAGUUAUGGUUCUAGGUCAGGCUCCCGUGAUUGGAUGUCUACUCAUAACAUGCACAAGUCACUUGGUCGGAGCAGUGUUCUAUCCAGUGACAAUAGUGGAAGCGUGAAUGGCUUAAGUGAGCUGAAUAGAGGACCCCGCACAAAAGUUUCAAAGGAUCAGGACUCUGAGUCCAUCAUUCUAACAGUUAAGGAGCGUACUCUUAACAAUAUGAAGGGUAAAACUGUCAAUGAUGAGGAUCAUUUAACUCUUUUCCCCAGCAGGGAACAGUUCAACCAUGAUGAUUUUCCCGAGACGUUCUCAAAUGCUAAGUUCUUUGUCAUUAAAUCCUACAGUGAAGAUGAUGUGCACAAAAGUGUCAAAUAUGGUAUAUGGUCCAGCACCCCGAAUGGUAAUAAGAAACUAGACGAAGCAUACAAAGACGCUCGAGAGAAGCCUGGUGGAUGUCCUGUCUUUUUGCUGUUUUCUGUCAAUGCAAGUGGGCAGUUUGUUGGUCUUGCUGAGAUGAUUGGCCCUGUUGAUUACAAUAAGACUGUUGAGUAUUGGCAACAAGACAAGUGGAAUGGGUGCUUCCCUGUUAAGUGGCAUAUGGUAAAAGAUGUACCUAACAGUAUGUUGAGGCAUAUCACACUAGAAAACAAUGAGAAUAAACCCGUAACUAACAGCAGAGAUACUCAGGAGGUCUGGCUUGAGCAAGGAAUUCAGAUACUGAAGAUAUUCAAAGGGCAUUCAGGUAAAACAUGCAUCUUAGACGAUCUCGAGUUCUAUGAAGCGCGACAGAAGAUGAUGCAUGAGAGAAAGGCUAAGCAAGUCGUAUCUUCCACUAAGCAGGAUGAAAAUGUGAAAGCAGCAGGAGUGGCAGUGUCCACACAGGAAGUUGUAGGGGAAAGAGGUAAAGGAGGAUUGAGUGUUUUAGACGGAGAAGCAAAAGGGCGGGAAGGACAAAGAUCGUUUGCAGCAGUAUUGAUUUCCCACGAUAAAUCGCACAAACCACCACCAACUACUACCAGUACUAGUAGUAGUCAUUGAAGCUUAAAGUUUAGUCUUAGGUAGGAGUUCAGUGUAGGGGUACAAUUACCAUACAUAACAAACAUGCUUUACUAUGCGCUUGAUGCGCAUCUAAUAUCGAUCCUAGGAGGGUUAUAGCCUCUCUUUUUGUCACAAAAGGAUUACAGGAUGCUUAGAAUAAGGACUUCUGAAAAGAUACACAGCUAAGAUCUUUUGACUGCAAUGAAUUAGUGUGUUUUUG